GGUUAAACUAAUAUUAGGCUGUACACAACUAACUAACCUUAUUGCUAGUGUGAGCGCACUACUCAUAAUGAUUCAUAUGGAUGAGGAGGAGCAGGGAGUUAGCGUUUGUCAUUUUACGGGGCUGUAAGGUGUCGUACACGGCAAUGAACCGCAUAUUGGAGUGCAAUAUAUAUUCAUGACUGCGUCAGCAUUUGAACGUGGCUGGUCUAAUAUGUCAACCAUAACGUUACUCUGAUUCAAUUCUUCAGCUCCACCGAACUCCAGCAGUGCCGCAGCAGUAACCUAGUACGUUGUGAUGGCUCGCCCCCACAUCCGCGAUCUCGGCUAUGGCCCGGGCUACUACACUCCUGGCGCAAAGAAUUCAAUAUUCGACGUGCCUGGUGUACAGGUUGGUCAAAAGACGAUCCACGAUGAAGAUCAAGGGAUACACGUAGGCGUCACGCUGAUCUAUCCACGCGGCGCGGAGAAAACGCGACUUCAGCCAUCAUAUGCAGCGAUUCACACAUUGAACGGCGGCGGUGAGAUGACGGGAACCCAUUUCAUUCAGGAUUGGGGAUUCACGAGCUCGCCGAUUGCUUUCACCGACUCCAUGUCCUGCGGCGCGGUUUACCAAGCUCUCACUAAUCACAGCUGGGAGACAUCUCGUCGGCUCAAAGAGGACGCCGAAUCGGGUUACAAUCAUCAUGGCUGGCCUGUGGUCGGCGAGACUUGGGGCGGCAUGAACACUGACAUUUACGACUUGAAAUCAACGUUAACCCACGAUCAGGUUGUGGAGGCAAUCAAGGAUGCUGAGACUCGACAACAUGUAUCAGAAGGAGGAUACGGCGGUGGUGCUGGUAUGCUCUGUUUAGGCCACAAGGGUGGCACCGGCACAAGCAGUCGUCUCGUGCCCAGCGGAAGUGAUGAAGAUGAUUUUGUUGUUGGCGUUCUGGUUCAAACGAACUUUGGUCAGAAAUCAAUGCUACACAUUGGCGGCGUGCCUGUCGGUAAAUUGCUGCUGCGCGACGAACUUGAGAAGGGACAGGUGGGUAGUGCUCCUGAGGCCAUACCCGAUCGCACAGAGAGGACGGGUUCCGAAGGCAGCAUUCUUGUUUGCGUAAUCACAAACGCUCCCCUGCUUCCGCAUCAACUAAAGCGCGUUGCCGCCCGGGCUUCCCUAGGUAUAACAGCUGUUGGUGGCUUAGGUGUGGGAUACAACUCUUCAGGUGACAUCAUCAUUGCUCUUUCGGCAUCGAAAAAGUGCGCGCCGCAAGUUGCAAUGAAACAGGAUUGGCAGCGUCCAACCCCAGAGACUAGUAGUGCUGUAGGAGGCCGUCCCUCAGCGCCUGCGGGGCAGAUUAGCGGCGCGGGGUUUCGACGAAACGUGGAAACGCAGACGGUGGAGACGGUGGUGCACAGCUCCAUCGAUGCAUUGUUCGUAGCGACGGCUGAAGCGACAGAGGAAGCCAUUUUGAACUCGCUGUGCCAAGGUAAAAGUCUUAAAGCCUAUGAUGGUACAAUUCAUGAGGGGCUGAACGUUGAGCGGGUUCGUGAACUGUUAGAGCAGUAUAGAGUGCGAUAGGUCAUUGCGAUUUAUUAUAAAGAAAAAGUAAAACAUGUGAAAUAAUUAUUUCUAAAGAGUUUAAAUAAGAUUUAAACUUAUGUACUUAUAUAUAUAAUCAUUAUUUAUUUGCUCUUAUAAA